GCGUGGGUCCAUGUGAUGGGCAGAGAAACGGGGAGCACUUGGGGGCGCUGCAGCUGUGGUUUUCCUCCUCCCCUGUCCGGGCCGGGGCAGGGCCUGUUAACAGGCAGGCCUCCGGGCGAGGGCCCUGUGGCUGCCACCUGGUGGUGCGGCGGGCACCGACAAGUCGUCCCGAGUCUCCAUUCCCGCUCGCGACAACCUCCUUCCACCGGGAGCCUGCGUGGGCCUCGCCUCGCGUCUCCCGCCUGCUUCGCAGACCCGGCUGGGGCUGGGGUCCGCGCCCACGUGCAGGCCCCGGGGCCCCGCCCACACCCCCGAGCGCCCCCGCGCCUGCGUCACCGCCCGGCCGGCUGGAUCCGGUUCCAGCCGAGCCGGGCCGGCGUGACAUGCGCAGUGCGCGGGCGUUGCGGCCGGGCUGCCCGGGGCCCGCUGGCGGCCCGAGACGCGGAGGGAGGAGCCGCCUGGGGCGCCGGACAGGACACGGCCCUCGAGCUGCCCGAGCUGACCCCGGAGGAGAAGAGGGUCCUGGAGAGGAAGCUGAAAAAGGAGCGGAGGAAAGAGGAGAGGAAGCAGCUUCGGAAGGAUGCAGCCCCGAGCGUGCCGGCCAAGCCCUCCGGGGCCCAGCUGGCCCUGGACUACCUCCGUGGCUGGGCCCAGAAGCAUGAGAACUGGAAGUUCCAGAAGACGAGGCAGACCUGGCUGCUACUGCACAUGUAUGACAACGACCAGGUUCCCGACGAGCUCUUCUCCACCCUGCUGGCCUACCUGGAGGGGCUGAGGGGCCGGGCCCGAGAGCUGACGGUGCAGAAGGCCGAGGCCCUGAUGCAGAAGUCAGACGAGGCCAGGGGCGCGGACACCCUCCCGCUGGGGACGAUCCAGCGCGUCCGGCAGGUGCUACAGCUGCUGUCCUAGGGCUGCCGGCGGGCCGGGUCACUGCCGCAGCCCCAGGCGGUCCCGGGCCUCUCGGUGAGGGCGACCGCGUCCUCCCGGCAGUGGGGCCCCAGCGAGGGGCAAGCGGGGUUAGCAGCAGGGCAGCGGCCAGUGGGCCCGGGGACUUCCGGGGGCCGGGCCCCUGGCCCUCGGAUGGACUGACUCCACGAUGACAGGUUUUCAUGCCUUCACAACCAAACGGGAGCACUUGGGGGGUAACCUAGAGACACUGGCCUGGUCACUCCGUGACCUCAGAGCCCACAGGGAAGCCGAGGGAAAGGCCUGUUUUCUACUGGAAUGACUCAGAAAUCCACCAGAGCCAGCCCUUCCCGCCAGCAGUGGUCCGUCCCUGUUGGGGGCUGAGGGCGGUCCCUCCGGUGGCGGCCAGGGCUGCCUGGUCACCUGCCUGCGUUCACCGACCUUUUCCACUCCUGUUUGCAGUAAAACCAUCCUGUGUCGGC